AGAGAGAGAGAGAGAGAGAGAGAGAGAGAGAGAGUAGAGUAGAGUAGAGUAGUGCUGGUGUUGAGUCCAUACGUGGAAAAACGUAGCCGUGCACACACACACUAGCGGGGAUUAACUGUCUGUUCUGAACCUGAUAGAGAAAUGCAGGCAUGAAUAGGAUGUGGAUCUGGAUGUAUAGUGUCCUACACCGUGAUGGAUUACAGACGCACAGACGCUAACCUGACUUUCCCUGCAGAAGUGUCACCGUAAACCAGACCACGUCCACAGAAUGCUGAGUCCUAUUGUUCCAUAUAGUCUGUUGAAGAUGCACUGGAACCCGGAGCAUGCCCAGCCCCUGAGCCAGUGGCCCGAGCAGCAUUUGGAUGUAUCUUCCACCACCUCCUCACCCGCCCACAAACCAGAGCUGUAUUCAGCACGAGGCCGUGGCUCCUACAGCUACGCCUGGGCCAAUGAUGACAUCUCAGCCCUCACUGCCUCCAACCUGCUUAAGCGCUAUGCUGAAAAAUACUCGGGUGUGCUGGAAUCAGCCUAUGAGCGCCCUGCUGUGGGUGCCUACCCUGAGCCUGGCGCCUUUGGAGCUCUCAAUGGCAGCCAAAAGAGUGAACUGGAGCCCUGGUCCCUCACUCACAGCACUGAUUCAACUUAUCCUUUGGUUCCUGCAUCUACCCACGAUGGUCUGAAGGUGACACCAGCACCCACAAUGCCACCUGGAUCAGGCAGUGUCUCUGCAGGCAGCAGCAAUCUGUCAGACUCAGGCUACAGUGGGAGCAGUUCAUGCAGUGGUCCUCAUUCCAGUGACUACCCACCUAGCUACAAUGGUACCUACCUCUCGUCAGGAUACUGUCCACAAGGCAGCUCAGCACUUCCCCCAGCACCACUUCAUGCCCUGCAGUCUGGCCCCACCCUCUUGCCCAGCUACACACCCUCCACUCCAGUCUAUAACUAUCCUCCUGCCUCCUACCCUCACCAGACCAGCCUUGCACCCACUUACAGCCACCCGACUCCCCCUUACCUUCCCUCUGGUAUAGCUGCUCCAACUCCCAUCACUUCACGGCCCACAGUGGUAGGAGGCAGCUACAGUUACCAGAACAGUAGCCUGGGCAGUUCAGAGACAGCAGGUUCACUGAAGAGGAAGGCAUUUGAAAUGACUCCUGAAGAGGAAGAUGAGGAUGGGAGAUCACGCUAUAGGAAAUAUAGCUAUGAAGCCUUAAAGUCUGGUGGGGACUCACCAUAUAGUGUAGGUGAUAAAGCAGAAUGCAGAGGAAAUGGUUUUGUAGCUACCAGUGCGGACCCACAGGUAUUCAAGCCCAGCAAACCUGGAUCACAGCCAGGCAUUGCAGGUGAUGAGGUGGGCAAAUACAGUGGCCUGAAACCCCUGCUUUCGCCAGCAUAUGGAACAGCUGGCGAAUACAGCCCCCCAACAGCCAUGACAGGAGAGAACGGAGGAGCUGAGCAUGGCUUUCCACAGCAACAGCGCUCACUCAAACACCCUGAGCCACUAAAGAGUACAGAGCAGCGCCUGCUGGAGGUAGUAAACAAUGAGCUACAGGACUGCACACUGCCUCCACUGUGGUCAGAUCUAGUUGGUCAUGCUCGUAUAAAAGCAGUUCUAGAAGAGGAGCUGCUGUGGCCAGCACUGCGUUCAGACAGUUCUGUUCGGCCUCCCCGAACUGUGCUACUGUUUGGUCCACGAGGUGGGGGCAAAACCACACUGGUGCACUCCAUGGCCACACAGCUUGGGGCCACUUUCUUCAGGCUGAGUGGCACCACUUUGCUAACCAAGUGGAAAGCUGAGGCUGAGCAGCUUCUGGGCAUGCUGUUCUCAGUGGCUACAGCGCGCCAGCCAGCAGUGGUGCUGCUGAGUGAGUUAGAGGCCUUCGAGGAUGACAAGGGUCUCAGACAGCAGCUGCAGGCACAGUUGGAGAAGGUACAGCGUGGCAUGGUGAUGGUGGUGUGUUCCACGCGCCAUCCAGAGCUUCUGAAAGAGCCACUGCUGCGCUGCAUGGCCAAGCGCUACCACAUCAGCCUGCCAGACGGAAAUGGACGCAGGCAGCUGCUCCUGCAAGCUCUUGGGCCUCAUGGCUGCAGUCUGAGUGAACAGGAGUUGGCUGCUGUCCUGCAGCGCUGCGAUGGAUUCUCUGCACGUGAGCUGCUGCAGCUCAGUCAGCAGGCCCUUGCUUCAGCAUCAGCUUCAGGCACUGGUCAGAUGCAUGGCCUUGGUGUGCCCCUCUCCUCGCCAGCCUUCAAAGACUUUGAGAGUGCUUUCUGUAAGGUGCGACCGCAUGGGGCUCCCAAAGAACUGGACACUUGUAUGGAAUGGAGCAAGGUGUACAGCCACUAAGGGACAGUUCAGCCACUGGAAUCUGGACUGUUUAUCUUUGUGCAGAGGUAGAAAGCCUCAUGGAUACCUUUUUCCUUUUUUUAUUUGUUUUCUUUUUGUAGCUACAUACAUUGCAGCCAAAAAGGGGGGGUAUUUGGGGAGAUUACAUUUUACGGUGAAAAGGCAUUUUAGAAUGAACACUUUCUUGUUUUGGAAACAUGCCAUGGUGUGCUGUUUUUCUAUAAAUAAACAUAUACUUUAUUUUUCUUCCCCAAAGAAAUUAAAUAUUAGGCAUUUAUCAGAGGGGGCAAUUGCUAGUUGUUUGCUAAUAGAAAUACUGAAACGUUUUCUGGAAUUUCACUAGAAUUCUGAUCAGCCUUGAUCCUGGAAUGAACCUGGAUUAUAUUAAUAAUGCCCAACAUUAACUGCAAUUCUCAGGAUCCUAUUUAUUGCCUGUCUGCUCCAAUGGCAUUAUAUUUUUUAUUAUUUUGAUUUACUCCAAAUUGAUAUUUUGGUGUUAAACGGCUUGGGACGUAUUGGAGCAAAUAAAUCGUUUUUGACCAAAAAUGAUAGAAGAGCACCAUAUCGCUUUUAAAUGAUACCUGCCCUAUUGACAGCAUUUUACCAAAAGGGAACCACCGUUAUGCAACCCGCUUAAAACCAACAAUAUUGUGCAAAAUUGUUAGACCGUGGUCAUGUUGUUUGCACUUUGUCAAAGCACGGUCUUUUCAUGAAAAGUGUAUGCAUCUCUACCCAAAUAGUAUUAAGACCUAGGAAGUAAGAGAGAAAGCGUGAGACUGGCCCUUACAGUCUCCACAAUCUGCUCUGUACACUGUACAAACUAGACAAACAUGGAAUAUCCACAAUGUCCUAGGGCGUUAACCCAUAACCCCUAACCAUGAGUUCCUGCGUCCGUCUCACAUUCCUUACCCAGAUUUCUGAUUCAGUCUUUUUGGACCCUGGAAAUGCAAGAGCAAAAAAAAAAGUCUAAUAUUCUCUUCUGCUUACUAUUUUUUUUUCUUAGUAUAUGUAGUCUUGUUUGAAAUACUCAGGAAGAAUUUCUUUACCUCAGAAAUGAUAACGAAUGUAUGUAACCUUAGGGUCUUAGUAGUGAAUAUUGAGGUGGUUCAGAGUUGUGUUUGUGUGUGAGACAGAGAGAAAGAGAGAGAGAGAGACAGUGAGAGAGAGAGAGAGAGAGAGAGAGAGAGAGAGAGAGAGAGAGAGAGAGAGAGAGAGAGAGAGAGAGAGAGAGAGAGAGGUCACAGAUCUGUACACAUGCUUCAGCUGUGAUAUUACCUCAUAGGAGAAAACUUGAAAAUGCUACAAAGACUAACAUUGAAUGUAAUUCAGGUAUUUCAGGGGAUAUCUGAUGCCAUAAAAAUCCACAAUUUUUGUAAUUCUAUAUAUAUAUACAUAUUUCCUUCAUCCUUUCCAUUUAUUUUGGAUGUAGAUUUUGAUGGAGUGAUGAUUGUCUUCAUAAAACAUUCUUGUAGGUGGCAGGUCAGAUGCUCGAUUUUGUUGGACAAACUGUUUUGAUCAUUUUUUCAUAAAUCAUGCUGAAUUUGGUUUUAAUGGUGUUUUAGAGAUUUUAUAAUAGCCAUUAGACAUAACGCAUUAUAAUUCUUCAGAUAACAGAAACCAGCCCAAAGAUUAAUCAGAGCAGAUUUGUUUGGCAGCUAAUCAUGUUUAAUAAUCGGUUGUGUCAUGCGGUUUCCGGUACACACACACUGCUUAUACACACUACAUGUAGACAAUCUAGAAGCUUCUACCAAUGUUAACAAUUUUGGCUUUUACUCCAAAUUCUACAGAGUGCUCCGAUGCCAUUGUUCUGCAAAAGUUAUACAAAUCAUAUCCAAACAUCAUAAUCAUACAUAUAUUUACAAGUGAUUGUAUUGUAAGAGAUGGAUAGACCUUUGAGUUCCUUAGUUCUUUCUCAUCCUCUUGGUUUUUUUUUUUAUUUGGUCACCAUUCUCCUUGAACCCUACAGCACCGUUCAAGCUUUGCUGGUGGCUUCUGACAUGACACAGAAUGCGGGUCAAUUGUGAUGAUCUUCUGCAUACAUGUUGAUCCAGACUGACAUUAAAGUACAAAACCCAGCGUUCUUGCACUCUGACUACACGUGUUAUAGUGUAGACGCAAUACAGAGCACUGCUAAUAAUAGUCUCUAAUAGUCGCAUAAUCGAAGAGACUACGUUUUAUAUAAGACUCAUGAGAUUUUUAUACCACUAAAUAUGAGCAUCCCAAUUUCCAAAGGUAUAUACAGGCAUGUUAGCAGUUUGUUCAACAAAACUGGCAUUUAUUAGCUGUUUUGAAUCUAUUAGUACAGUAACUUUGAUCUAGGUUCUUGUUCUUGUACAUUUUCUGUAACCAUUUCUACCUCAUUUUUUUUUUUUUUUGCAACCUAUUGUACAUGAAAGUAUUUAUUUCAUGUCUUUUUUGAUGUCUGUUUUGAAACGAUAUGUUCUUGAACUGUAUUGGUCUACCUCAAAAAAGGCUGUAUUUUAAGAGAAAAUAUCAUACAUUAUUAAAGAGAAUAUGUCAAC